AUGGAUUACCAAUGGAAUGGUGAUCUUGGAUUAUCAGGUCCCUCGGGAGUUGAUGGAGAGAAGGGUCCUCGAGGUCCUAAAGGAGAUGAGGGAAUUCCUGGAUUACCGGGAGACAAAGGAGAGCCAGGAGAAAUGGGAUUAUCGGGACCUCCUGGCAUCGAUGGUCGGAAAGGAGACUCAGGAUUGUCUGGUCUACAGGAUAAUGUUGUGCAAAUGACAAUUUUACCAGGGCCACCCGGUCCUCAGGGCUUACCCGGGCCAAUUGGUCCUCCAGGAUUCGAUGGGACUAAGGGUGAAUCGGGAUUAAAUGGCAUAAACGGUGAAAAAGGUGAUGCUGGUGUAAAUGGGGAACGAGGUCUUCCUGGCUCACAGGGAAGCACAGGCUCCAUGGGCCUCCCAGGUUUACCUGGUCAAAAGGGUGACAGGGGAAAACCCGGUGAACCAGGGUUAGAAGGUUUCACAGGAUUGAAGGGCCAGAGAGGAGACCACGGUGAAAAAGGAGAUAAGGGAGAGAGAGGGAAUCCAGGUAAAAAAGGACUGAAGGGACUGAAGGGAGAACAAGGUCCUCCUGGGUUAGACCAGCCUUGUCCCGUGGGUGAAGAUGGCAUGCCGAUUCCAGGAUGUUGGCACAAGUGAUUACUUUAACCAGCGAGCUAGGAAUGUACA